AUGGGGCGAGUGGUGCAGCCAGGCAGCGGCAGCACAAAUGCGGAGAUAGAGCCAGAGCACAUCUUACUGGGUCCAAAGAUAGGCGACGGCUCGUUCGGUACCGUCUACAAGUCAAAGAAGGUGAAAGGAGAGGAGGUGACGCGGAACAUGCCCCUGGUGUACCAGGGCAAGUGCUUCAAGAUGGACGUGGCGGUCAAGGUGCCCCGGCUGCAGCGGCUCAAUGCCCUCCAGCUGCAUGGCCUCCGCACAGAAAUCGCCAUCAUGAGUGCCAAUCCGCAUCCGUGCAUAGUGCUAUUCAUGGGCGCCUGCACCCAGGAGGGCCAGUUCAGGAUCGUCACCGAGUUGCUGGAGGGGGACCUGUACGAUCUGAUCCACAAGCAAAAGGUCAAGCUCAGUCUGUUCCAGAAGAUGAAGCUCGCCAAGGACGCCGCCCUCGGCAUGAACUGGCUCCACCACUCCAACCCGCGCAUCAUCCAUCGAGAUCUCAAGCUGGCGAAUCUGCUGAUCUACCGGCAAGGCGACGAGUAUCGGGUGAAACUGUGCGACUUUGGGCUGAGCGCGAUCAAGGAAUCGUCGCAAGAAGCCAUCCGCGAUCUGGGGGCCGUGCGCGGUACGCCCUUGUACAUGGCCCCCGAGGUGAUGCGCAAGCGCGACUUCAACGAAAAGGCCGACGUCUACAGCUUCGGCAUCGUACUCUGGGAGCUGUUGACGGAGCAGAAGCCGUUCGAGCACCAUCGCGACUGGAACAAGUUCCUGGUGGCCGUGGGCGACGAGGGCGAGCGGCCCAUCAUCCCCGAGGCCUCCUGUCCACCCGCCCUCUUCUCCCUCAUCGAGGACUGCUGGCGCAACGACGUAUCGCUCCGGCCUGACUUUGAGGAGAUCAACGAGCGGCUGGACGGCAUCAUCAUCGACAGCGCGAUCGAGGACGAGGUGGCGCGCACGUUCUGGAAGGCCGAUGCGAGCCUGCACGAGUACGCCCUCCCGUGGCCCGUGUUCGCGCGCAAGCUGUGGCGAUUCCUCGGGCUCGAACUCCCGCACGACCCCGACGACCCGCUGCCCGCCCAAGAACCCGCAACACAACCAGGGCAGGACAAGAGGACCCCGCCCCACAAACGAACAGCGACGCCUGCCGGCGGAGGAUCCGAGCAAGGCCGAGUGGGCGCGUCGCCCGUGUACAAUCCGCCGCCUUCGGCCGAGGUGGCGCAGCUGAGAUGUGUCAAAGCUCUCUUUGUAACGGAGGAGAGCAGAGGCAAACGGGGGCGGGAGGUGGUGAGCAUCGAGUGGUUCAGCAAGAUGGUCGAAUGGUUCGCCCCCUUCGAGGCCAGCCCCCGCCUCCUCGACCGCCUGCUGGCCCUCCUCACCCAGCCCUGGUUCCACGGCCUCCUCACCAACAACGACAUGGCGCGCCUGUUGGCGGGUGCGGCGGAGGGCACCUUUCUGGUGCGGUUCUCGAGCAGCAGCCCGGGCGCGUACACCAUUUCGCGCGUCACGCCCCAGGGCACCUCCCACAUCCGCAUCCUGGGCCAACGCCAGCCACCGCCCGACGACCUCGACGGCAGCGAGCGACGGCCCGCAGGAGUGGUGCGGUACUCGGCCAGCGACGAUCGGAGCUACGACUCGAUGGGCGACGUGGUGGCCGACCUCGCCGCGCCCCUCCGCCUGCUGCACCCCGCCCCCGGCUCGCCCUACCUCCCUCUCUUCGGCGACCCCGCCAGCCUCAACGCCAGCGGCGGCUACGAGUCCCUCGUCCAGCGGUGA